ACUUAAGGGCCUGCGGACGCGCGGGGCUUCUCAAGCCCUGCCGCCCUUCCCCUGCCUUGAGCGCCCCGCCCCCAAGAGCGCCUUACGACCCGCACGAAUACGAACAUGUCCUCCGAUCCCCGCCAGCGCGCUCACCCUCAAGCCUUGGGCUCCCGCACCUCGAACUCGCUUGGGGCAUUGCCCGGACCCCGCCGCCCUGCGCCCGUUCGCGGUCAUUCCUCUGCUGGAGAGCUCACGAGCCAGUCAACCAUCUCGAACGCCGCCGCCCCGUGGCUUGUAUCUCAUCGUCCUGAACACCAAGUUGCCCCAUACGCGCAUUCCAGUUUCGACCGCAACCCGCUCCGCUUGCCACACUUCGGUGAACUUGUCCGAGGCAUCCAGAACGUCAGCGUAGAGGACGGUCCGCGCGAUCAAUACGCGGACGCGAGGCAGCUCCCACCUCUGCGCACGCUCACGUCUUCCCCCGCCGCCUAUGCAGCACCAUCAAGGGUCACGCAGCCGGCCUACGGGGGCAAUUAUGCUAGUCGUCGCGAGGCCUCUACGUCUCCCUAUCUGUCACGGCCUGGUUUACCUACUCCGCCGGUCGAGCGCGGAUCGCCUGCGCAGGUUUUCAGCCCCGAGACGCCUUGGGAGAGUCAGAGCGUCAGCAGCGAGCAAUCGUACGGCUCGGGCUCGAGCGACGGCAUCGAUAGCCCAACGGACGGUCGUAACUGGGAGGAUUACGCUCAGAGACACACUCCGCGUAACGGCCCAGUGUCGUACAGCUGCAUUUGGCGCGGUGAUGACGGCAUGUGCGAGUACAACGGCAAGAAGCAGCUCGUCAAGCGGCACGUCGAGAACGUUCACUUGAAGAUCAGACGCCAUGUCUGUCCUAUAUGCCAGAGGACCUUCGCGCAGCGAACCGGUCUCGACAUGCACGUCAGUGGACACACCGGGGAGAAUCCCCUCAAGUGUCGCUACGAAGGCUGCCCCGAGGCUUUCAGAGACCCUGCUCGUCGUCACCGCCACUAUUGCAGCGUACACGGCCACCAGCCGCGGUCGAUGAGGCGCAACCAACAGAAUGCCCUGAGCGAAUCAGCAUCUUACGAGUCCAUCCAGCCCUGGAGUUCUGAUGAUGGGCGCCAUUAGGCGCGCCCACACACCGCUGUCGAAACUCACGACGAAAUUCACGCUUAAUUCUCACGCCCACGGACUUACUUCGCUCCUCUGACUGUCGCGCUCUCGUGAUAUGGCUAUCGUGCUGAUUUUGUAUUUAAUUACCUACUGUUUUCUGCAAAGACCUAUAUACCAUCCGGCUUGUUCGCACUAUGGCUUUCUACUAUGUACUAUCGGCGCAUCUGUACUAUGUGUAGCUUCAGGGAUUUAAACUUCAAUCGAUAUGUCGGCCAG